CUGGGCUGUCUCCACUGUCAUGACGCGCGAGAAUAUGAUUCCACGCUCUCGUCCACUUAAUGCUGCCACCGCCAAUGGCGGCGAUACUAGUCAAGACCAACCUGAUAACAUUGCUGCGCUCAUACCCUUUUGGGAUAUGGCAAAUCAUCGUCAAGGACGUGUAACUUCGUUCUUCAAUGUUGGCACACAGGAGAUGGAGAGCGCCGCUCAGUCGGAUUUCAAAGCUGGCGAGCAAAUAUUCAUACACUACGGUGAUCGUGCCAAUGCUGAUCUGAUGAUUCAUAACGGCUUUAUCAACCCCACCAAUCCGAAGGAUUAUGUCUGCAUCAAACUCGGUCUGGGCAAUUCGGAUCCGCUCUUCGAGCAACGCGCCAAACUACUUCUGCUCAUGCAGAUAACAAAGAAUACCGACUUGAAGGUAUUGCCUCCGCCCACCUACAUAUCACCUGAGUUGCUGGCAUUCGUGCGCGUUUUCAACAUGAACGCACAGCAGCUGGAGCACUGGAUUACGUCCGAACGUGCCAUGGAUCUGUUGCAUAUCGACUGCGCGCUCGAGACAACGCUCGAAUCGAAGACAUGGCAGUACUUGCAGACACGUCUAAUGCUGCUGCUGCGCGUCUUUCCCACCACGCUGGAGGCGGACGAGGAGCAGCUGGCUGCAUACAAGAAAGGCGAGUUGUAUUUCUGCUACGUGGAGGCGAUGGUGCUGGAAUAUCGCGUGUUGGAGAAGCGCAUACUAGCAGCGGCGCUCGAAUAUGCUCGUCAGCGUGUCAAAGCUUAGGCGAUGGCACGUUGCGUGGAAGGAAAGGAGAGGAGAGGCGUCGAUGACAAAGCGAUAAGGAGGCAAGCGCGGAAAUAACAGCAGGUUUUUGAAUGUGUGGAACAAAUGGAAUUUGUGCAAACUAGCCGUGGCCAUUGAAACUUAUAAUGCUCAGCAAUACAAACAACAAUUAUGUUUAAGUUAUUUUUUCUGAAAAUUUCUUAAUGUUUUCUGAAAAUUAAAUUGUUUCAAUUUAGUUUUUUUUUUAAAUAAGCUCCUUUAACAUACUA